AUGUCGACCCAAGAAUCUGCUAAAACUUUAUUCAUUACUGCCGAUGGGAUCGAAUUCGCCUAUCGUCUCAUCGGCAAGUCAAACAGCUCUCAACCUCCACUUCUCAUGCUGAACCAUGUCCGAUCUACCAUCGAUACUUGGGAUCCUGAGCUUAUCGACAACAUCACCGCAUCAGGUCGCCAGCUUAUCACUUAUGACUACGCUGGACUCGGUCAUAGCAAGGGACCUGUCGCAACAAGCAUCAAGGGCUUUGCAACCAAUCUCCUCGCGUUCCUUAACGUUCUCCUCUUGAAGCUUAGUGUCAAGGAAGUUGACGUCUUGGGCUUCUCUAUGGGAGGAUAUAUUGCGCAACAACUUGUCCUCGAUUCCCCUGACAUUAUCCGCAAAUUGAUCCUCGCUGGUACUGGUCCCAGUCUUGGACCUGGCCUGGUGCGUCCUAUGAAUGAGAUCCAGUCUAUCGUCUUCAGCCCGACUCCUGGCCCAGCCACCAUUGGUGCUUUCUUUCCUCCCACUACAGGAGACGAAGGCGCUGCGUGGCUCAACAGAAGUACUUCAUCACGAGCUAGCGUCGCUGGCAAGAAUGGCGAACCCGAAAUCGCGCUAUUCACUACAGGAAAGCCUCUUCUCAAUCUGACUCAGGCGUAUCUUACCUGGGAUGCAGACCCGAUUCCAUAUGCUCUUUUACAAACUAUCCAGAAGGACGCGCUUGUUACUUGUGGUGACAAUGAUCUCAUUGUCCCGACGCAGAACUCUUUUGUUCUUGCGAGGCAGCUCUCGAGAGCCAACUUUGUCAUGUUUCCCAGUAGUGGUCAUGGACACUUGUUUCAGUAUGCAGAGUAUUAUGCAGGACUGGUUGGAAGCUUUUUGGAUGGCGAUCUUCCAUCUGCUCCGUUCUCGGCCGGAGAGAUCCCGAAGUUGGAAUAG